AUGAAGUUAGUUGUAUGUAUUAUCAUUGACAAAGAAGUCGAUGCUUUACUUCUUGUCGAACAAAGUCUUGGUCGAGGAUAUUGGUUUCCAUUUGAUGAAAUCAAACAAGGUGAAACACGAGCUCUUGCAGCUAAGCGAAUAACUAGCAAAUUAUGUCCAUACGAUUUUGAACUUGUCAAUGUACUUAAAAUUCGUUGUAGUGAUUUAUUACCAUGUUUACCUAGUACACAAACAUAUUAUCUCAUCACGAAGGGACGAUCGGUAGCACGUGCGAAUGGAACUAAUUUAGUAAAUUCAAUUUGGAUGAAUUUUGAACGAAUGAAAACAGCCAUUAAAAAUCGAGAAUUUCUUGGACUUGAACCCUAUUAUUUAUUAAAGAAUAUUCUCGAACGUCAACAAGUCAAUGGUUGGGAUGAUUUCAUAUCCGGUGGACAAAUAUUCGAAGAAUCAAUACUUCAAUUUAUUGAUUGUAAACAACCUGAUCCAAAUAAUCAAUUAAUUGCAUCGCCACAAGAACAACUUAUGGGUUCAGCUAAAUUUAAUACAAAACUACAAGAACGUAUUUUUAAAGAAUUUUAUUCAUUUACAUUUCCUAGUGAAUAUAUGAGCUUUCAAGCAUUUGUUGAAGCAAUGGAUAAUAAAUUAUCAACCACGGAAAAAACAAAAAUUCAAGCUUAUUUUCGUGCUUUUGAUGCUCAACAAAAAUCUUAUUUAACUUAUUCGGAUUAUUUACUUGGAUUAGCAGCAAUGGAUCCAAGCACUUCACACGGAGGUAAAACUUAA